GUCGAAGCAGCAAAACCAGCAAUUAUAGACGUGUCCGAUGGUGGAACGAUCAAUGGUGAUUCGUAGAGCCGUGAACAGCUUAACAGAACAAGGGUCAACACGAAAUGCUACUUUCGUUUUUCGCGUGGAAAUCACGUUUGACCGAGCAAGGAUUGCAGGAAUAGCAGGAAAAGUGUUGCAAGGCUGAAACUGCGAUACAGUGGAACCUCGAGGCCGCAGGAAAAAAUUGAGCAAAGCCUUUUAAACCAGCCACGAAGCUACGAACAAAUUAGAAACGUCUCGAGUGAAUUUAACGCGGUUGAGAAAAUAAUAAAAAUAUCUAUUCUAGACCUAUUUCUCUCGACGAACGCGGAAGUAUUCGGUUUCCUAGAAGAGUAUGCACAAUCAUAAUUGCAUGCAGGAAAUGUGGUACAAGUUAUCAUCGAAUCAUCGUCACACCCGUUCCUCGAAAACCUAUUGCGAAUCGAGUAGGAAGACUGAUUUAUUAUAAAGAAACCAUCGUAAAUCGCACUGCGUAUGCGUGAGAUGGUAAACAAGGAAAAUUGCAACGAUUCUUCGUGACUCACUUCCGUUCGAGGUCAAUGGAGACGCCGAGAGGAUCGCAUACCUCGGAUUUGGAUGGACAGGAACGCAAGCUUAACCGUUAUCGCGGAUUACAGCGUCAUUAUUACGAUAUUCAACGGUUAAAACUCGUCUUUAGUUGCGAAGAGGAAGCACUGUAGUGUGUGGGUCAGAGAGUACACGAGCUGGCCGUUUUAUAGCGAACCGAACAGGCAGCUCGUGACUGUGCCCUGGCAGCUCAGGGAACAGAAGGGACUGAGUCGUUGCUGGCAAAGAUUUCACGAUCAGCAGGGACCAAUCGACAAUUUCGCACAGCAGACGAUACUUUUAGAUCGAUCGACCUUUAUGAUCGCUAAAGGUUCCGAAUUGUUAUCUAAAAUAUGGCUACGGAGGGAGAGCAAGCGGUACCAAGUACGCCUUGGUACACGAAAUUCUUCGAGUACUGGAGAAACAGAAAUCGCGUGGGUCCAGGAAAGGUGGAGCUACCCGACUGCGACUUCUUCAUCGUCGGUCCGCGUCGUACCUUGAGAAUCCUGAAGCCGAGCUUGAAGAGCGGCUGGUACUACGAGAACACAAGCGAUCGACCAGAGUCCACCAUCGACAAUUUUUUUACUCGCUGGGCCAGAAGACCUCACUCGUCCGGAAACUGUAGAUGUUCUUUUCGGCAGUCGCGACGGCUGAGCACCGCUGAAGAGCAAAUCAUUUCCGAGGAAUUGAACAGAAUCAGGACGAGUCUCUGCGAGGGUGAGAAGAACGAGUCCGCCAUCGAGGAGCUCGAGCAGAGGGUGUCGGUGAAUCUGCAAAAACUUCAGGUAUCUGAUCACCAACCAGUGAAAGAAGAUGAAACCGACAACUCGAACGAAAAGGUUCAACUGCCGGACGAGCAGACGAUCAAAACCAAAAUCGUGAAGGACUUGGAGAAGUACAUCAACGUGCUCCUGGAGGAGAUACUCGACGACACCGUGAAGUACAUCGCAGGUGUCGAGGACAGUUUGAUCAAAGAUGCAGCGGUUACGAAGAAGAGGACCUCGCAGAGCAGACGAUCGAGUCGCGAUAAGAGCAUCGCGGAGACGGGGAAACUGGAAACUGAGCGAACCUCGGGCAACGAGGAGUCGUUCAACAUCAGCUUCUCGUUCCGUCCGGAUAGGCUCGAGAAGAACGAGAAGGAAUCCGCGUGCAAGAAAGAAAUUCUGAGCAACGAAGGAUACGUGAACCGUGGGUUCAUCGGGUCAACAAACGAUCCAGACUCGUUGGAUUUCUACUUGAGGCGAACGGUGGGCACGGAUGUCACUUUGGAACAGCUGGAUUGCAUCGAUUCGGGGAUAAACAGCGUCGAGACGAUCGAGUUCCAGCCGGACCAGGAGCCCAGCCUGGAGCAGUCGUUGCUGAAGAUCAUCGACGAGAAACUCGGUAGAACGCCCUUGAGCAACAGUUGGGAGGAUCUGAGCACAGGUGGCCGGGAGAAUGAUCCGCAGGGCCAGCCGACAAAGAGAACGGACGGGACGGUGAUUCCGAGAAGUGGCGAGCAGCUGAGCAACGAUCCAGCCACGGAGGGAUCGGAGGUCAUCGGAAAGAAUGACGCGGAAAGCGGUGAGCCGCGGGAUUCGAGCGUUGAAACCGCUGGAGGAAUCGAUAUCUCGACGGAUAAUCUCGUGGAAGGCAGAGUGGCCGCGGUGGAUCUCAAGGAGCUGGAGGAAAUUGUUAACGAGCCCAGUUUCGAGAAUCUCCGGUUGGAAUUCAAGGGCAACGGCGACGAGCCGCCCCUCAGGCCCAAAAAGGGCAAAGCGAUGUCGAGGCUGCGGGAAAAGUUCUGCGCGAAUCCGGCCGCGUCCGACGAGUCUUUGGAAAAGAGCAGCUGGAGCGAAAAGAUGGGAUCGUUUCAGUUGAAGAAGGAGGCAACAUCCAUCGAGCUGGAGGAUUACAGGAAGAUGUGGCCCGACAUCGAGGAGACAUCGAUCGAGCAAAGUCCACGCGAGUUGGUCACGUUUAGGAGAAACAGGAAGCCGAUGAUCGUUUUUCUCCACGGCUUUGGAUCGUCCGCGGAAAUCUUCGAGCAUCAGCUGGAGUAUUUCUCAGCUCUGGGGUAUCCGUGCAUCGCGCCGGACAUGCUGGGCCACGGCAUGAGCUCGGCACCUAGCCGAUCCAGGGAUUAUCACUUUAACAAGCUGCUGAAGGAUCUCGACUCCGUGCUGUGCCACUACGCGUUUAAGCCUGGGCAGAAGUGCGUCUUGGUGGGGCAUAAUUACGGAUGCAGCUUCGCAGCCGCCUUGGCCUGCAAAUACGACAGUAGUAUACACCAGCUAGUCCUGAUAUCCGGAGGUGGUCCAACGGCAUUAGCAGCGCCCAGCACCGAAAGCACCGGUCACUGUUGCCUCAGAGCGAUCCUGACGCCUUUUUUAAUGUGCGGCCUUCACAGAGACAUAUUGUACUCGGCGAGGGGUCGUCAACACCCUUACUGCGGCCCCGAACCGCCGGAACAAUGGCCCUCGCACAUGAAAUAUGUUUUGAACGGCAUGGUUUGGCCGGAAGGAGACUACGUAUUCCAUAGAAGGAUAUGCGCGCCAACGCUUCUCAUACACGGCUUAAGGGACAACAAAGUCUCGCUCGUGCAGGAAUGCCAAAUGGAAAGGACCAUGUUGAAAGCUUUCCUGGAAGCCAUCCCAGCUGCCGGCCAUACUCCCAUGACUGAUUGCCCAGAGCAAGUGAAUCACAUGAUUCACUGUUUCAUAGACUUGUGGAAAAACAAAAAAUGGUAGCAACAAAAUAAAUAGUUAGGUUAUGUAUGUUUCACUGAAAGGAGAUUUCGCGGACCAUAUGUUAAUACGUGAUAAGAUUUAUAUUUGAAUCAAGUUCUUCGUACGGGUAUUUGACUCAUUGUACAUUGUUAGACAACAACAAAAAUAUGGUGCCUUCUGCUUAAUUUGCUGCGGCGAAUUUAAUGCAUCGACACAACGAUUGGAAUCUAUUGUACAUAACCUAGAUUCUAUUGGUGAAAAUUCGUUUGUAUAGAUACUUUUUAUACGACUGUAAUGACGUAACCGAUCUUUAUAAUUAUCUUUUUUACGAACUUUUCAUAGAACGUUUAUAUUUGUAAAGAAAUUGUAUAAGUCUGCAUGAUAACUGUGCCAAAAGACGUACACGAUUGUUAAGACGUUUGUUCAAAUUUACGCAGCCUCAGCGAAGGUUUGUUUGUCAAUCAAGUUGUAAAAUACAAUGUAGAGGCUAUGUAGUAGCGUAUAAGUUAUACCAAAGAUGAUUUAUACAAUGUUAUUUUAUGUAUUUUAGUGGAGUAUAACUUAUUCGUUUACAAUAAAAUUGUGUAUAGAUACUUGAA